GACUUGGCGUCCAUUAGGCUUCAAGUUCUUUGCCAGGCCAGAUUAGGCAGAGUACAGCCUUUUUCGCAGCGAGCCAUUCAGGUGCUGGUGCGAGUCAACGACGUCAACGACAACCCGCCGCUCUUCAGGCGUCCCCACUACGAAACCAAAGUCUCAGAGCUGGCUCCUGUGGGAACGACGAUAUUUCGUGAUCUGGCCACAAUGGACAUGGACACGGGAACCAAUGGGCUUGUCGAGUACACCACAGUCCCGGGAGGUGGCAGCGACAACGACGGGUACGACUACUUCGCCAUUGACCUACCCUACCAAGGACUAGUGACAGUAGCGAAGCCCCUGGACUACGAAAGGGCCAAGUACUACCACUUAGUCAUCAAAGCAACGGACACGGCAUCGAACCUGUCUGAACGGCUGUCCAGCACUACCACGCUGACGGUUUACGUCGAGGACGGUGACGACCAGGGCCCAGCGUUUGUUUACAAGGGAUGCACUCUAGUUCACGGGGCUUGCACCGAUGUCGAGUACAGCGCCGAAGUUACCAGCGGCCUCACGUAA